AUGUUCACAUAGACACAUGUACGUACAUACACACAAACACAUGUACAUGCACACACACACAGACACAUGUACACACACAUAUAAAUGUACAGAUACACACAUGUAUAUACACACAGACACAUGUACAUACACACACACACAGCAGCCCUAUAAAAAGUUACAGUACUUUGUUGUUCACUCACAGAGCUGGGUACUGCACUGUAGGGGGAGGCAGAGAGCACAGCACACACUCCUUCCUUUGCUUUCACUGCGCUCAGCUAUUGAGCAGUCUGAUGGCUCCCAGUGCAAGUGACAGAGCCGGCCUAAGCUCCGAGCCUGCUCAGCAAGACGGCCCUGGGGGACACACUCGCCCCCACCAUAAUGUCUACUCGCCAUUGGCGAGCAGGUGAGUGGAAAUUUCAGGGCCUGAU